AAGAAAACCCACCACCAGGGAUUGGGUCGCCGCCGUGGGCCCGCAGGACCUGUCCACAAAGAGAAGGAGAAUUAACAGGCCUCAGUGAUCGGUGCAGCUCACGCUCACACACUCAUAUACACAUACAUGAAAGCGCAUGCACACGUGCACACAAAAACUAAUAUGUAAUAAUAAGAAACAAAACUGGAUUAAAUCACCAAACUGAUGUUAAACAAAAAAAGAAGAAAAUAAGAAAAUAAAGUAAACAGUGCUCCGGCUGCAUCAGCUAAGGCCAACUGUUAAAAAGUGUUGUCAGUUGAACUGUGGCCAUGGAUAACAGAUUCCGCGCAGGAAGGAAAAGUCGUGACCCUAAGUAUGGAUUGGAUUUAAACAACUGUAUUUAUUCUAAUUUUAUUCAGACAACGCCUUUAUUCAUCAAUGAUACAUUGAGCAGUUUGAUAAAUUAUUUUGUUAAAAGAACAAAAUAGACUAAAAUAUGCUUUUACUCCCUAAACUAAUACCAAAACUAAGGUUUCAUAUAGGUUAGAUAAGCAGCAUUACAACCCUGAGAUUAGGCCCAGUCCAAGUCUGCAUAUCCCAAUCUGUCAGUGAUUUGAUCUGCUCCCUUGAAGUGCUGCUACAGGACCCCCUACGACCACCAAGAACCUGGUUAAAAGGUCCAUGAUUGGUUGAUUUCUUCAUAUUGAUUUUUAUUUCAUACCUUAUGUGCCUUGUCGUGCUUUUUCUGUGUGUUGUGUUGUAGUUAAAAACAUCUGUUAUCCAUGUUGUUGAUGCCAAACCCUGCUGCAAGCUUUGUGUUAAGAGUAUAGUCGUUAGCCUAUACCUUUCUUUGCGCCCCCCCCACUCUCCCCACCCUUGUCGUACGGACCCUGCUGCCCCCCUCGGCCCUCUCUUCAUUUCAGGGAGCCCUGCAUUGUUGUACGUAGCGGGCCGUACCAAGUGUGGCACAGACUAGGGGUGUAUUGAUUAGUCCGGCUGUUCAGCGGUUGGACAGCUCCUGUCUGUCUGACCAUGCACCUGGAGCUCGAGGCCCAGCCCGUAGCACAACCGUGUUCUGUUCACAGGCUAAUUCCAGAGGUUGUUUGUCAGACCCCGCUGGAGUGCCGCUGGGCAGGUUGAUAAGAGAGGAGAAGAAAGAGAAGACAAUACGCACAGGACACAGCCAUUGCUUGUAGCUUUUCGCUGCUAAUAAAGAAAACAGCGUCUCGGCUGUAUAUCACCGGAACAACAGACAGCCCCGCGGAGGCAACACCGCUCUGACAUCCACCUGGACCCGCUUUGAUUGUGUGGAUAUUCUGUGGAGAUGUCUUAUGUGACCGCUUUGUUGUUGCUACCAGUCCUGUGUAGCAUCAUCAGCCCCUCCAGCUCUGCAUCCUCCGGAUCCCGGAAGUGUGAGGACAGCUUGGCCACGCCUCUUCCUUACAGCUCCUUCACCAGUUCAUCAGUGUAUGCCCGAGGAUAUGGAGCUGGUUAUGCUAAACUCAAUCGAAAACAAGGUGCUGGAGGCUGGUCACCCCUGGAUACAGACCGUUACCAGUGGUUACAGGUGGACCUGGGUUCUAGAAAGCAGGUGGUCUCCAUAGUGACUCAGGGUCGCUACAGUAGCUCUGAUUGGACCAGCAAGUAUCGACUGCUUUACAGUGACACCCAGAAAAACUGGAGGCCUUAUCUACAGGAUGGAAACAUCUGGACAUUUGAAGGGAAUGUGAACAGUGAGGGUGUGGUUCGCCAUGAGCUGCAGCAUGCUAUCCUGGCUCGCUACAUUCGCUUCAUCCCACUGGACUGGAGCAGGGAGGGACGCAUUGGAGUACGUCUGGAGCUCUAUGGCUGCUCUUAUUGGGCCGAUGUGAUCAGUUUUGAUGGCCAAGGUGUUAUCUCCUACCGCUUCAGGAGUAAGAAGAUGAAAAUUGUGAAGGAUGUAAUCUCUCUGAAGUUUAGAACCACAGCUAGAGAUGGUGUCCUGCUCCAUGGAGAAGGACAACAGGGAGACUACAUUUCCCUGGAGCUCCGCAGAGCAAGACUGCAGCUCAGCAUCAACUUAGGCAGUAACCAGUAUGGUUCCAUCCAGGGUCACACCUCUGUGAUCAGUGGGAGCUUACUGGAUGAUGACCACUGGCACUCAGUUGUUAUAGAGCGUUACCGCAGGAAUGUCAACUUCACCCUAGACCACCACACUCAGCAGUUCAGGACCAAUGGAGAAUUUGACCACCUGGACCUGGACUAUGAGAUCAGUUUUGGAGGGCUGCCUGUAUCAGCGAAGCCGAGCUCAGGAGGCAGAGAGAACUUUGUGGGCUGUAUGGAGGGAAUCACCUACAACGGAGACAACAUCACUAACCUGGUCCGCAGGAAGAAGGUGGACACCUCCAGUUUUCGUAACCUGACAUUCUCCUGCACCGAAUCCAACUCCUCUCCGGUCUUCUUCAACUCCACAUCCUUCCUGCGGCUGCCAGGUCAGAGUGACAGCGACACUCUGUCAGUCAGUCUGUCUUUCAGGACAUGGAACCCCAACGGGCUGCUGAUGUUUACAGCGCUGGCUGAUGGCUGGGUGGAGGUGGGUCUGACGGAGGGCAAGGUCACUGUCUACAUGAAUGUGACACAGAGGAAGAACACACGUAUUGACAUCUCAUCAGGCUCAGGUCUCAAUGACGGCCAGUGGCACAGUGUCCAUUUGAAUGCGCUGGAGAACUAUGCAAUGCUGACAGUUGAUGGAGAUGAAGCAUCCACAGUCAGAACAGCCAUCCCCAUUCAGAUCCAGACUGGAGGAACCUAUUACUUUGGAGGCUACUUCAUGCAUACUAAUACCCGAUCAUCUCAGCGCUCCUUCCAGGGCUGCAUGCAGAUGAUCCACAUAGAUGACCAUCUAGUUGACCUCAGAGCUGUGGAGCAGGGCCACAUUGGAACCUUUGAAAAUGUUAGCCUGGAUAUGUGUGCCAUUAUAGACAGGUGUGUUCCAAACCACUGCGAGCACACCGGUCGCUGUUCUCAGACAUGGGACACAUUCAGCUGCAACUGUAGUGGCACUGGAUACACUGGAGCUACCUGCCAUACCUCGAUGUAUCAACAGUCCUGUGAGGAGUAUAAGCACCAGGGGAAGAACUCAGGGAGCUACUGGAUCGACCCAGACGGUAGUGGAUCUAUUGCCCCCUUCAGAGUCAACUGUGACAUGACAGAGGACAACGUUUGGACCACACUGAAGAACAAUUUGUCUCCUCAGACUUCAGUCACCAGUGCAGACCAAGAGGGGAAGGCAGUGUUGCAGAUCACUUACAAUGUGACUGAUGAACAGGUGUUGUCUGUCACUGGCAGUGCAGAGUCCUGUGAACAGUAUGUAGCCUACGCCUGCCGAAUGUCUCGUCUGCUCAACACUCCAGAUGGCGUCCCAUUUACCUGGUGGGUAGGAAGAGCCAAUGAGAGGCAUUCCUACUGGGGGGGUUCAGGACCAGGGAUACAAAAGUGUUCCUGUGGUAUUGAACACAAUUGUACUGACCCCAAACACUACUGCAACUGUGACGCUGACCUGCGCACCUGGAAGGAGGAUGCUGGCCUGUUGGUGUACAAAGACCAUUUACCAGUCAGACAGGUUGUGGUUGGUGAUACAAGCAGAGCUGGAUCUGAGGCCAAAGUUACGAUAGGACCACUGAAAUGCCUGGGGGACCGGAACUACUGGAAUGCAGCAUCCUUCACCAGCCCUGCCUCCUACCUCCAUUUCCCUUCCUUCAGAGGUGAAACCAGCACUGACAUCUCCUUCUACUUCAAGACUUCCUCCACUCACGGAGUCUUUCUGGAGAACCUGGGAACCACUGACUUCCUUCACAUUGAACUCAGAGGAGGCUCGGUGAUCCUCUUCUCUUUUGACGUGGGCAGUGAGCGGGUGGAGCUCAGUGUCCGCUCCCCAGUGCCUCUGAACAAUGACCAAUGGCAUCGUGUGGAGGCUGAGAAAAACAUCAAGGAGGCGGUACUGCAGCUUAAUGGACAGUACAGAGAGUUCAGACCCAGCCCCCCACAGGGACACACUAGACUGGAGUUCUACAGUGAGCUAUAUGUUGGUGCCUCGAGUGGUCAGAGGGGUUUCCUGGGCUGCAUGCGGGCUCUGAAGAUAAAUGGUGCAACCUUUGACCUGGAGGAGAGAGCAAAAGUGACUCCAGGGGUGAAUCCAGGCUGCCAGGGCCACUGCAGCAGCUACGGGAUGCACUGCAGGAACGGAGGAAAGUGUGUGGAGCAGUACAAUGGAUACUCCUGUGACUGCUCCCUCACUGCGUAUGAUGGACCCUACUGCACUGAUGAUGUGGGCGGCUACUUUGAGACAGGAACCUUGGUGCGUUAUGACUUCCUACCUGAGGUGGGACCUUUCGCGUUGCGGGAAGUGAACAGCCUGUCAGGUGUUAGUGUCCCUAGUGAGGCCAACCUGACUCAGGAGGAACUGGUGUUCAGCUUCAGCACCUCCAGCACUCCCAGCAUUCUGGUCUACAUCAGUUCCAGGACUCAGGACUACUUGGCUGUGGUGCUCAGGCACAAUGGCACGCUGCAGGUCCGCUACAGCCUUGGGGGGCUAAUAGAACCUUACACCAUAGAUGUUGACCAUCGCAACAUGGCCAAUGGACAGCCACACUCUGUCAACAUAACGAGGAACUUAAGGGAGAUACGACUACAGCUGGACCACUACCCAGUGUCCACAUAUACCCUGCCAGAGACCUCUGACACCCAGUUCAACCUGGUCAAAAGUAUCUUUCUUGGAAAAGUCUUUGAAACAGGACAAAUUGACCCUAUAAUAAUCGAGCGCUACAACACACCAGGCUUUGUGGGCUGUCUGUCAAGAGUUCAGUUUAACAGCGUGGCACCGUUGAAAGCUGCGUUGCGUUCAGGCCUGUCAACACCUGUCAGCACCCAUGGGAUUUUGGUCCCGUCCAAUUGUGGAGCCUCACCUCUGACCAUCUCUCCCAUGGCCUCAGCUAGUGACCCCUGGCACAUAGAAGCUGCUGGAGCUGUUUUCCCCUUCAAUGAGGACAAGGCCAGUGAUGGUGGAGUGGAUCGCAACUCUGCCAUAAUUGGAGGCAUCAUCUCCAUGGUGAUCUUCACUGUCCUGUGUAUCAUGGUCUUUGUGAUCCGUCAUAUGUUCCGUCACAAAGGUUCCUACCACACUAAUGAAGCCAAGGGAGCAGAGUCGGCAGACUGCGCUGACGCAGCGAUCAUUGUCAAUGACCCAGCCUUCACCGAAACCAUCGAUGAGAGCAAGAAGGAGUGGUUCAUCUGAGCUCCUCCCAACAACAUGGACUCAUGACGUUAGGAUGUAUGUAGUUUUCUAAGCAUAGGGAGAAGUAGUGAGGUGACCACCUGUGGAACCUUGAGGAAGUGCCGAGCGGUUUAUUUAAAAACUUUAUUGACAAUGGACACAGUGGCAUUACAGUGUGGGUAUUAAAGCACAGGGCACAACACUGCUUGGCAGAGCCCAUGUGUGGAGAUGUGGAGCAGUUUAUUUUCAUUUUAUUUACAAUGGACAGUGUGACAGGAUGACAGCCUUCAGAUGGUGUAGAGGACAGUGCCAUGAAGUUACAGGCCAUGGAUGAGUGAGUGUUUUCAUUAGUUUUUACUUUAUUUUUUUUAUACAAUUUUAAAUUUAAUUUCAAUUUAACUUGUGUAAUUUAUUUCAUUAUUUAUUCAUAUUUAAGGCAUCUAUUUUUUCAUAAAAGUUCUUUGUUUGUUUCUAAGGUUGUUAUCUUAAUGCCUUUGUGGGAUGUGAUGGUUUUUCAGAUUAGAGGACGAUGGCAUUAAUGAUAAUAAUUAUUAAUCCAUCCAACAAUCCAAUAAUCCUCCAUGUCUGUAGCGAUGCUCAUAAAAUACAGGGUUUUUUGUAUUGAAUCAUAUAAUCAUUUGCCUUAUAUUUAUUUCAGUAAAGUUUAAUUUUAGCCUUAAGACUGAAAAGUUUGUGUGUGUGUGUGUGUGUGUGUGUGUGUGUGUGUGUGUGUGUGUGUGGUGACUGGUUUGCUUGCCUGUAAAGGAGAUGUAGCCAUGACUUUGUCUGCAUCAUCUGGACUAUGAGCCAGGGUGAAAUGUAAUCACACUUCCAUUUAUUUUUGCAUCUGCAUAAUAAGUGACAGUGUCUCUUAAUGACUUUUGAGCAUUGAUUGUUAAAACUCUCAAUGACUGCAUCUUUUGUUUUACUGUUUUUGCUGCCAAAUGAGUUCAGGGGUGAGUUCAGCUUCUGAAGAAUGAACCGAGUCCUGUCAGUCCACAAGAGGCCUGAGGCAGAGGUUGUCUUUUGUUAGCAAUACCAGUGUAUAUGAUAAUGUAAAAACAUCCAAAAGUGAUACCAUAUAACACAAGGUUUAUUAAUAUAAUUAUUAUUUAAGGAACGUUACAUUUUUAAAAAAAUUAUUAUUGCAUGCAACCUGACUCCGAGUCAGACAAGAUCAAGUUCAUCAUAUCAUUUAGCAUCUAGUACAGAGGCAAUGAGUUUAGCCUAGCUCAGCACAAAGAUUGGAAAAACUGCUAGCCUAGCUCCAUGACAAGUCAACAAUGCAACUUCCAACAACUCCAAAGCUGUCUGAUGUCUGUUCUUGUAUGUUGUUAGCUAGUAAGCCCCACCAAAGAGCCAGCUUUGUUGACAACUCCACUAUGAGGACAGGAUGUUAAAUAUUUUUGGUUGGUCAAGAGACAUGUUAACACUGAUGGGACUUCCAAUCAUUGUCUUUUUUUCUAUUUCCAUACAAGAUAAUACACAAAAACACAAGUUGGAGUUGUUGGAAAGUGUUUCACAUCCAAGCAGUUUUGACAUAAAUUAAAGACUGAAUCCAAAAGAAAAAAGGCAUUGUUGUCUCCCUGUUGAUUUUAGUGAACAGGAACAGGAAACAACUUUGGAAGAAUUCUGAAAGGAACAACUCUAGGCAGAAAAUAUGGUAUUAUAAUAAUAUUAGAAACAACAGGUUUCAACUUUAACUUGUUAACUUGUUCAGUAUAUAGAUAUAAGUAUUUUGGUUGCUCUAGGGUGAAGACACACUGGAAAAUAACCAUUAAAUGCAUUUGUAAAUGACAGCUCAGAACAGUGCCUGUGAUAUUACAGGGAUUUGGUUAAUAACUGGCAGCAGAACAGCAUCCAGUCACUAAUAGAGCAAAGUUGAGACCAAAGAUUUUGUGAGGUCAGAGGCAGAGAUCAAUACAAGUCUAACAACAAAAAACAUUUUGAGACAACUUGAGCACUACAGACCUGCUGGUGUUUUUUUUUUUUACUUGUGAUAGAGGCAAAUUUGUGCUAUGGUAGGCUAAAUACAUCGUGGACAUAUUUCUGUAUUGGAUGCUGAUGAUGAAAUGAGAUGAGUGAGACAUACUGAUACAGAUCAUCUCUAACUCUGUGCAAGCAAGAAGCAAAACAAGCAACUUGCCAAAAUACUUGUUUUUCAUUUCCUUUAAAGGGAUACAAAGUAAUCAACCUCUAUUGGCAGCAUGGUGGAGUUAUAGUUUCAUCAGCUACAGAGAAAGUCUGUCUGUCUCCAUUAACAUAGUCAUUUGGGAAGAGAAGUUCACCACUUUUAAGACUGGGCCACAUGUUUUCUCCCUUCUGGCUGAGCCUCAGGCUCAGUGAAUUCUUAAGAUGGACUGAGAGGACUCAUAGUUCGGGAUACUUAUAUAUCGCUCAAAACCUCAGCUCUAUAUUUGAUUUUUAUUAAGUAAAAUGAUGUGUCUGGAAAAGAAUGUUUGUUACCCACAUAUAAAACUAUGGCUUACAUCCUGACAUUUGAUUGUAUUGCAUUUGUAUUCUUUUGACUGCACUGCAGUGUAAUGGCAUGCUGUUUGACACUGAAUGACACAUUUCUGUUUGAUAAGCCACUGUAGCAUCACAUUGCUUUUUCUUCAUGUUAUAUGUAUAAAAAUUUGCCAAACUGUUCUUCUUUAGCUGAUUUCUCAUUCCUUGUGCUUUUCUCAUUGUCUUGAAAAAAAUGAUGCUUCCUCUUGGAAAGAUCAGUAAAACAUUAGUACAAAUCUUA